AUGCUGCGUAUCAGCUUGCUUCAAUUGCUCUUUGUGACGCUGCUCGCUCUGUCUGCAGUCUUCGCAGCAGAGUUAGUGCAGGGGACCUCGCAACGUGAGUCUCUCCAGGAUGCCGACAUCAAGGCAGCCUCGCUCCAUGAUGCCUUGCAUGCUCUCUCCGCCAAAUUCCGUCAUGGAAUCUUCCAGACUGACCUUCAUGCCGCCGAAGCUCUGCAAGGUGAGGAACCCGUCAUUGCCAGCCUGAUGAGACUGGCCAAGCGCCAGGACAAUGCUACUGCUAGCUCGGAGGCAACCACGCUGCCGGCGUCUACUGUGACUUCAGCCAGCGCCGAAUCCACCUCUGAGCCCGCCACCACCUCGGCUGCUGAGACCAGUGCGACUGAGACAAGUACGCCCAGUGCGACCAGUGAGACCAGCGCGACCAGUGCACCCAGUACGACCAGCUCAGCCAGUGCGACCAGCGAGACUAGUGAGACCAGCUCAGCCAUUGCGACCAGUGAGACCAGCUCGUCUAGCGCCGAGCCAACAACCAGCGCUCAGCCAACCAGUACCACGGCUAGCUCCACCAGUGAGACCACUGAGACCAGCGCCAGCUCUACUACCUCAACCUCCACCACUGCUCAGCCGACCACUGCCACUACGGCGUCCUCGACUACCACUACCGAGUCCACUCAGUCGACUACCAGUAUCCCUUCGACUUUGUCCACUGCCACGAGCACCUCGUCCUCGUCCUCGUCCAGCUCAUCCUCAUCCACCUCGUCCACCACCAAUCAGUCAACUACCUCUGCGCAAACCACCGAGCAGACCAGCCUGAGCACGUCCACCUUCAAGAGCACAAGCACCUUGCCCGAUGGCAGCCUGAGCACCAUCACCUCUAUCACAGUCAUCACCCCGACGGCCGCCCACAAGACCUCGACUACCACCGUCGGCAAGCCCGGUCUGCAAACCAAUGCCGCCGCGAUGGCUACCGGCAUGGCUCGUGAGGUCGUCGCCAUGGUUGGUGGCGCCGUCGUGGUCGCAAUGGCCCUCUAA